AUGGCGCCUGCCGAGGUGGCGCCUGUCGAGGUGGCGCCUGUCGAGGUGGCGCCUGUCGAGGUGGCGCCUGUCGAGGUGGCGCCUGUCGAGGUGGCGCCUGUCGAGGUGGCGCCUGGCAAGGUGGUGCCUGGCAAGUUGGCGCCUGGUGAAGUGCGGCCGGCGGGCGAGUCAAACCACUGCCGGCUUGCUGGCCUGCGCGUGCCAUCGUCUAUUCAAACCACGGCGGGCGAGUCCAAUUCGCACAACAGUCUUUCCCAUCCGUCCACGCAUGGCAGCAUACUAUGGCCGGGCGGGGCAGCCACCGCCGGGGCGUACUACGGCCAGGCGGGGCAGCCACCACCGGGGUACUACCCCGCAGCAGCCGCCGCUCCCCAGCACCAUCCGUACAUGUGGGGGCAGUCUAUCUCUCCCUUCCCCUCCCCCUCCACCCUCCCCUCUCCCCCUUUGCCUCGCCGCUCCCCCUUUGCCUCAUCGCUUCCCCUUUGCCUCUCCACUCCCCCUUUGCGAUCCUCUCCCCCUUCACCCUCUCCAACUUUUCGAUCCCCCCUUCCCCCAUGGCACCCACAUGAUGACGCCCUACGGCCUGCCUCCCAUCAUCUUCCCGUUUCCCCCUUCCUCCUCUCCUCCGCUCCCCCUACCCCCUUCCCCCUCCCGCUCUCCUCCGCCCCCCCUCCCCCCGAGCAGCACAUGAUGACGCCGUACGGCCAGCCUCCCCCUUAUGGCGCCCCCAUGUACCCCCCUGCUGCCAUGUACCCGUCUUAUUCUCCCACUUGUCGUUCCCCCCCGUGUCUCCUCUCCCCAGGCCAUGGCGUCAGGCAUGCCGCCAGUGGCAAUGCAUGCGGAGCAGAGAAAGGGGGACCAGUGACGUGCCUUCAUUCUUUAUGCCCGCCUUCCCUUCCCCCUCUCCCUUACCCCCCCCCCGUGUUCCCCCUUCUCCCCAAUCGUGUGUGCGGGGGUGGGGAGGGGUGUGGAUGGGUGGGUGGGGGGUUGAGGAGGGGUGAUGGGUGGUUGGAUGGGGGUUGGGGAGGGGGGGUGGGUGGGGGGGUGAGUGGGUGGCGGGGGGGUGAGUGGGUGGUGGGGGGUGGAGGGGAGGAUGAUUCGGAGGAGGACGAGGGCACAGACCAUAACGAGGAAGGGGGGGGCGCUGGCGGAAAGGCAGGGGAAGCAGGGGAGAUGGGGGGAAUGGAAGGGGGGGGCGCUGGCGGAAAGGCAGGGGAAGCGGGGGAGAUGGGGGGAAUGGUACCUAUAGACUACUGGAAGGGGGGGGGCGCUGGCGGAAAGGCAGGGGAAGCGGGGGAGAUGGGGGGAAUGGUACCUAUAGACUACUGGUCCGCGCAAGCCCAAGCCCAAGCUCAAGCUCAGGCACAAAUGCACCAAGCAGCAGCAGCGGCUGCAGCAGCAGGGCAGAUGGGGCCGGGGGGGCAGGGAGUGGGCAUGGCAGGCGGAAUGGGGGGGAUUCCAGGCGUGGGGGCGGGCGGGGGGGCGGCUGGGGCAGCAGGGGGAGCUGGGGGGAUGGUUGGCGGAGGGAUGGGUGGUGCUGCUGGUGGCAGUAGCGGCGGUGGUGGUGCAGGGGGCGCGGGGGGAGCAGGGGCGGGGAAGAAGCGGGGUGCGGUGGCGGGAGGAGGGGGAGGGAUGGGAAUGUCAUCAGACCUAUGGGUGCACUCCGUGAGUGUUUUCUCACCUCCGGCCCUCUGUUCGUCUCUUUUCCCUGAUGGCAUGGCAUGUUUGCCGAAGGUGCAAAAUACCCAUCAGGUGAAUGUACUUGAUAAACCUUUACCCCCUCUUCUUUGCAUCCUCACAUCAUAUGCUGUUAUUCCCCCGCCCGCCUCCCCGCCUCUUUCCCCCAUUCUCCCUCUGUGCAAGCAGGACGACCGGGAGGUGAAGAAGCAGCGGCGCAAGCAGUCCAACAGAGAGUCGGCUAGGCGGUCGCGGCUGCGCAAGCAGGUGUGUGGCCAAGGGGGAAUGGGAGGUUGCCGGAGUGUGGAGUGUGAGGGUUUCAUGCGGGGGGUGCGGGCGCUGGCGGACGAGAAUCAAACGAUCGAGGCGGAGUGUGAGGAUCUGAUGGGGCGGGUGCGGGCACUGACGGACGAGAAUCAGACGAUUCGAGUGGAGCUGCAGCGCAUGCAGGAGGAGUGCCACAAGAUGGCGCAGCAGAACGCCCUACUGCAGUCAUCCCAUCCAUUCAUUGACACCAGUUCUCCAUCCCCUCCAUCUGUGCCCUGCAUUCAUCCAUUCAUUCACCCGUCCACUCAUCCACUCAACUCAGCCUCUUCAUCCGCCUCAUCCACUCAACUCAGCCUCUUCAUCCGCCUCAUCCACUCAACUCAGCCUCUUCAUCCGCCUCAUCCACUCAGCACCCAUGCUCCAUCUCACGUCAACCAACUCAAUCCCGUUCCAUCCCAUUCCGUCUUUCAGGAGAGGCUGAACGGCAAGGCAGCACCAGGUGGUCCGUCCACACACUCCCCAGCCCCCUCAGGUCUCCACCCUGCCGCCGCCCUCCCUCUGCCAUCCUCGGGACUUGGCCCCCACGCGCUUCCACCGCACAUGCCACCAGAUGCAACCGCAGCCGUUGAUCCUUCUGGAGCUGCAAUGCCAUUGGCCGGUGGGCCUGGUGCUGAUGUGAAUGGUGCGCUAGUGCCUGUAGGUCAGCAGCAGUUGCAGCAGGGAGGGCUGGGGGGAGGGGUGUUAGCAGUUGGCAAUGGCGGUGGUCAUGGAGGGGAGGGGUUAGGUGCUGCAGGUGCCUCUGCAGCGCGGGUAGGGCAGGGGAGUGAAAAGAACAAUGUUGUGACUGCUGUUUCAUAA